AUGGGAUCAUCGCAAUCCUCGAAAAGGGCGCAUGCGCUCAGUAUGGGCCGUCUCCGAGAGGAUAUGAAUUUAUACAAGCUUGUAGAUAUGCACGGAGGAGGAGAACUACUACCGUGGUUUCGAUAUGCCACAACCAGCGGUGACUACUCAUUGAUCGACGGUUACAUGGAAACGAAAGUACGCGAAUCCAUGUACAACCAAGGAAAGGGCAAGCUGGUUACUGUAACGGAGCUUGUAAAAAUAAGAAAUAAAGAAAGAAACGAGAGGUUAAGUGCAUUUUCGCGAAAGAAAGGCAAAGGAAAAAGCGGUCCAAAUGUUCUGGACGAAUUCAAACAGGAAGGAGAAAAUGUUGGUGACCUUAAGAAAGCACUGAAACUUCUCGAUGGUGGAGGAGGAGGGAAAGGUGGCAAAGGAGAGUCGAAGUAUAGGGAAAUCGUAUGGAAAUUGGAAGAAAGAGGAGCUAUGGGAGAAACAAUAAUAGGAAUAUGUUUACUGCAAGGAUCUGAUCUUCAUAAUAAAUUGGCGAUGAAAAUUAUGGAUGUGUUCCCGAAACUGGUCAACGAUAUCAAUAUAUCCGAGGAUUUCUAUGGACUCUCGCCAUUACAUCAAGCAGUGAUUAAUCAAGACUGCCAUAUGGCGUAUAUGUUGUUAAAGAAAGGUGCCGACGUGAACAGCCGAUGUUAUGGAGCGUUCUUUUGCGCUGAAGAUCAGAAAGAAAGCAGAACGGAUUCGCUUGAACAUGAAUACGUCGAACUAUCGUUGAAGACUAAUUAUAUAGGCCAUAUGUACUUCGGCGAAUACCCGCUUUCGUUCGCAGCUUGUAUGAAUCAUCCGGAUUGUUAUCGGCUUCUCACUGCCUUCAAAGCAAAUCCCAAUGCUCAGGAUACGAACGGGAACACAGUGCUUCAUAUGUGCGUAAUUCAUGAAAACAUGGAAAUGUUUCGUCUAGCAAUGGAAUCGGGUGCUCGUCUCAAUAUCGCAAAUAAACAGAAUCUCACACCACUGACCCUUGCAGCAAAACUCGCAAAAAAGGAGAUGUUUAUGGAAAUUCUGGAAUUGGAAGGAGAUUCCGUAUGGGCAUACGGUGACGCUUCAUCAACAGCAUAUCCAUUGUCGAAAAUCGACACAAUUAAUGAGGUGACUGGAGAGUUGAACGAAGCAAGCGCUCUAUCCCUUGUUGUUUACGGGGAAACGAAAGAACAUCUAGAUCUUCUCGACGGACUUCUCGAAACAGUACUGGAAGCGAAGUGGCAGGCAUUCGGAAAAAGAAGGAUGUUGCGCUCUUUGGCUUUCUUUACUUUCUUCUACAUAUUUGUGGCUGUAUCUUUCACUCUUCGCCCUAUAGAAUUAACAACAGCGCAAAGCACAAUGGGAUGGAUUGGUUUCAAUGGCAAAGCUCUUGAUGGACCGUACCGUAACGAUGUGAGUCCUAUCGUCAAAACUGCGUUAGGCUAUGAACCAUACAAAUACUCAUUGACUCAAUGUCAUCUACGAAAUUAUUGGGAUCCGAAUCUUUCAAUAUGGUACGGAUGGGUACGUUUGGGAACAGAAUCAGUUGUUCUUAUUUGUGUGAUUGUACAACUAUUCCUUGAAAUAAAAGACGUUAAAAGGAUAGGACGUCAAAAAUGGUGGGCAAUCCACAAGGCAUUUCCUGCAAAAACAGUUUACAAAUGUUCGUUUAUUCUUAUUCUCUGCAUGAUACCCGCUAGAGCGGCAUGUAGUCUGUGGCCAGAACUGCUUGUCGUCGAUAAUGUCCUAGCUGCAGUGGUUAUUUUAUUUACAUCGAUCCACUAUUUAUAUUAUUGCAGAGCAGUCAAAUGGGUAGGACCAUUCGUUUUGAUGGUUUAUACUAUAAUAGCAACCGAUAUCCGUCGUUUUCUUAUGAUUUACGGGAUCUUUCUUAUGGGAUUUUCACAAGCUUUUUAUUUGGUUUUUCUGAGCUGUGAACGCACUGAAAAGAGUUUACGUCCUGGACAACAGGACGACACGAAGACAUUUCAAAAUGUCAUACAGAACCCGGCAGAAGCGUUUAUACGUACCUUUAUUCUGACUAUUGGCGAAUUUACAGUACUAUAUAGGAACCUAGCUAUGUGCCCGUCUGGUAUAAUGAUCUGGAUAGGAAAGGCUAUUUUCCUUAUCUUUGAACUUUUUGUUUCCAUCCUUCAGUUCAACUUACUUAUAGCAAUGAUGACAAGAACAUAUGAAACAAUUUUCCGUACAAGGAAGGAGUAUAAACGUCAGUGGGCACAAGUGAUUUUGAUGCUGGAGCUGUCGUUGGCACCGAAGGAUCGUUUGAUGUAUCUUCUAGAAUAUUCUCGUCCAACUGGGACGAACAAGAAGUUGCGAAGUCUGGUGGUGAACAAAAAUAUUUACCAUAAUAAAGACCCCGAAGAGAUCGCUCGUUCUAAAGAGGAAAAAGCCAAAAAAGUCAUCGAAGAAAGAAAGGCACUGUUGAAGAGAAGGUUGAAGGACAUGGAGAUUCGUGAAGGCAUUCGUCCAUAUACAGCACAUCCAAGGACUCCACGACCGUCUACCACUUAUUUCAAAAUAAGAGAGCACUGA